UUUGCCCCGUCAUUAAUACUCCCCCGAGCCUAAAGGCUGUUCGAGGAGCGGUCAGAGUUCAUUUGUUCCGUCCUUCUGGCCGCUGCUGAAUGUCGACUUACCCUCGUCGGGUUCCGCCGUCCGCCUUUGCUGCUCACCGCAAUCGGACCCCCCUACCUACUUCCCAUGCAUCACGUCCGUCUAGCCAGGCCCGGGGGGGAAUGCAGCAUGUUUCCAUCCCGGACCUGCGCGAAGCCAUCCAUUCACUGGAUUCCAAGAUGGCGUCCCUCAUGAGCCAGCGACAUGAGCUCGAGUCUCAUCUCGAGAAAGCAGUCCGUCUGCAGUCUCCCAUCCACCGUCUACCGAGUGAGCUUUUAGCGUCAAUCUUCAUCGUUGGGGUACUAGGCAUAGACGAGAACCCAGUCUUGGUCUCGACACUAAUGCUCGUUUGUCGAUACUGGGCAGAUGUCGUACUUGACACGCCCCUACUAUGGUCCAGGAUCACCGUUGGUCCCCACGAUUCUCUUGAAAGAGCCAGACGUAAACUCAAACGCUCAAAGUCGUGUCCCCUCGACAUCACCAUCAAUUUCGGGACGCGUACAGAGUACACGAACAGCGUCACAGAGCAGGUCGUCCACGCCAUGGAUCUCAUUCGUCCAGCCCUAUGGCGAACCAGGUCUUUCAGUCUUAGCGUUCCGAAUCGUCCGCAAGCCCACGCUGCCCUUCUUCGAUGCCAGGAGGAUGCUCCGCUCCUUGAAACAUUGUCCAUACGGAUUUACCGGUCCAUGCAGGACGACCGGUACUCCAGCCCCCCUCUUCCCCUCUUCAAUGGUCAUACCCCACGGUUACGUUCGUGUUCCUUGACAUCUUUUAACUUUGGAUGGGAUCAUCGACUUGUAUCCCGGCUUUGUGUCCUCAAGCUUGAAGGUUACUUCAAUGGCUUUACUCCAUCAGCGUCCGUGCUACUUGGAAUUCUCCGUCAGUGUCCAGAAUUGGAGGAGUUGGAUUUGCGGAACAUGUCUGAUGUCGACUCGGAUCCCUGUUAUCCCUCUGUUUCCGGUGAGGAAUAUGGGCCUCCGCAGACCACCGGAAAACUCGUCCCUCUCCCUCGUCUCAGGAAGAUAACGUUCUACUACGCGGGGAUCGCGCUAGCACGCCAGAUCAUGUGCCAAAUCACUUUCCCAAACCUAGAAAGUUUUGAGGUGUGCUAUCUCGAGAACGUCACUCCCAUCCUACAGCUGCUCUACUCCCAAGCGCUGACACGGCUACCUUUACGUUGCCUGCGCAUAGAGUCCUGCUUAUUUAACGAGAUAAAGUUCGUCAGUCUCCUGCGUCGUCUACCAUCGCUGGUCGUUCUGGAAUUGGUGGAUGUGGAAGAUGCGUCGUCAAAUUUCUUAAAGGGUCUCUCGUCCUCGCAGCCCUGGGUGUGCCCUAAGCUUGAGUCGCUUUCCCUUGAUGGCUGCACCUCCCUCGACUGGGAUUCUCUUCGCACCUUCGUCGAAUCUCGCCUUCCGUCCAACUCGUACCCUCGUUUCCAGGACGCUCAAGCAUUCCGCGCCGCAAAUCCGACUGUUACAUCCGCCUCAAGCGCCUCCCGUCCUCGCGUUCGCCCGCAAAAUCGGGGAUCUCCUUCAGUCUUAGGGCCGCAGCGUCUGAAAACAAUAGAUGUAACACGAUGCCAUCAAAUGAGCAAGGAGAUGGUCCAGUGGCUGCGGAUGUAUGUUCCCGAUGUCAAAUGCGAACCAGCAAAAGGCGUUUGGGGGGAACCUAUGAUACCUUGAUCCGAUAGAGAGACGGACAUCAGGAAACGUUUUUUAUUACCCCUCGGAGUUUUGAUUUCGGCCAAGUUUUCUUGCAUACAUAUUGCUAUCCUGCACUUAUCCGCAUUACACAAUUGUUUAUUCGAGGCUGUAACCUU